GGGAGGGCGCAUUCGCAGUGCUGGCGGCCCUGAAGCAUAUGACCGCGACGUGGAGACUCCGGUGGGGGAAGAACCAGCGGAAGAACAACCAAGGCAAAUGGAACUCAUGCCGUCUCAAUCGCUCGCGGAAACAGGAGGACUCCAGGAGUUACAGGUACCAGGCAUUGGCAAGGUCGCCGUUUUGAAAGGUGGAAAAGAGUUCGUUGGCGCGCACGGCAGCGUGAAGGAGGGUGUGUGGUGCGACAACGAGGGUAUUGCGCACAGUGUGGCCAUCAAAACAGUGAAGGUGGAUGGCAGCGAGAAGUGCCUCACGACCAUCAACAAGGAAGUAGAGAUCUUGGCCAGGCUUCCCCGCCACCCGAACGUCGUCCGGGUGAUAGGCGUGCGCCCGGGCGUGGAGCCAGUCAUCGUGGAAGAGUGGAUGCCCAUGACUCUGAAAGACCUGCUCAACGAAACGGGGCCAGUGCUGAGGUGCGGGGAGGUGGCGAGGAUCAGCCUGGACGUGGCGAAGGGCUUGUUGCAUCUUCACGAAAAUCGGGUGACGCACUAUGACGUCAAGCCAGCCAAUAUACUCCUGGACGAGAGCCACAACGCCAAGCUGGCGGACUUCUCCUGCUCAGUGUUCAAAGUGUCCUCCUUAAUUGAUGCCGCGCAACAUGGCACGUUGGGGUACAUG